AUGGCAGUUCGAAGGUCGAGCUCUCUCCUGGUGGUGGCCGCCCUCCUUGGCAGCGCCUUUCUGCUCUCCACAACCUUCGUGACACCCGCCGCCCCAAAGGAGACUGCGCUCCGUGGCACCGAUGCUGCCCUGGUUGCAGCGGGCGUGGCCUCGAUCCCCGAGGCAGCACACGCGCGGCUGCCGGAGGAGUUCGUGAUUUUCGCUCCCAUCGUGGACGUGCUGCCCAUCCUCCCGGUCUUCUUCUUUCUCCUUGCCUUCCUUUGGCAGGCAGCAGUGGGCUUCCGAUGA